AUGAUGCCUCGUCCAGGCAGAAACACGUACAGCGACCAGAAACCUCCCUACUCGUACAUCUCCUUGACCGCUAUGGCCAUCCAGAGCUCCCCGGACAAAAUGCUCCCCCUGAGCGAGAUCUACAAAUUCAUCAUGGAUCGUUUCCCUUACUACCGAGAGAACACGCAGAGGUGGCAGAAUUCGCUCAGACACAACCUUUCCUUCAAUGACUGUUUCAUUAAGAUCCCUCGUAGGCCGGACCAGCCGGGUAAGGGCAGUUUCUGGGCAUUGCACCCCAACUGCGGGGAUAUGUUCGAGAACGGCAGCUUCCUGAGGCGCCGCAAACGCUUCAAGGUGAUGAAAGCGGACCACUUGGCGGUGAGCAAGCAGUCGGACGCAACGCAUUACCUCCAGCAGCAGGCGAAGCUGCGGCUCAGCGCGCUGGCCGUGUCCGGCACUCACCUGCCGCAGAUACCCAGCUACAGCAUGGGCGUUUCUCAGAGCACGAGCUUCAAACACCCCUUCGCCAUCGAGAACAUCAUCGCCAGAGAGUACAAAAACGUGAUGUCGAGCGGACUGGCUUUCUCGGCGGUGCAGCCCAUGCAGGCCGGCUACCCCAUGCAUUCAGUCGGGAGUCCCAUCGGUACAGCCUGGCCCCACAUGUACAGUACCAGUGUGAUGGACACGGCGCCGCCGCUCUCCGUGCCCAGCAGCGACUAUAGCGCCUACGGCGUACCCAUUAAACCCCUGUGCCACGGCGGACAGACUUUGCCGGCCAUACCGGUGCCGAUUAAACCCUCCCCGGCCACCGUGCCUGCCUUGCCGGCUUUACCUGCGCCGAUCUCGGCCAUCCUGUCCAACAGUCCUGCCACGCUGAGUCCUACCUCUCCGCAGAUCGGUAACGGCCAGAGGAGCCCGAGCCCGAGCCCCGGCGAUACGUUAACGAGCGCUGGCACCGCUCUGCAGUCGGUGGCCGUGCACUGA